CACCAGAGGCUAUUCCCGAUUGGUCGGAUAGUCACCGGGAGCGGUUUGCUGAUUGGAGCGUUCGCAAAGAGCGUGGCCCAAUGGUUGCCUCCGAUGAGAGGGUGUGGUUGUUAUGGAGGGAGAUUUAAAGCCGGGGCCGGGCGGCCGCUCGUCGAGUUGCUGGGGCGGCGGUGAGAUCCUGCAGCGUCUGCUCGGCCCGUCUCGGGGCUGAGUGAAUGUCGGGCCGGGUUCGGGACAGUUGGAUUCCCAAUUGGAGAGAUGGGAGACUGGAAGACCCCAGAUGCAAAGAGUUUCAUUUUGAGGCGUGUUUCUCAGUCUGCUUCACCAUUCUCACCCGCCAGCACCAUAACUCUGCACUACUCCCCAACGCUACCGCUUCCAAACCUUUUCAGCCAAAAUGCUUUCUGCUGGGGUGACAAUGUAGAGGAGUGUAUCUUGUACUUAAACAAGGAGCUGAACACAUUGGGCCUUCCUCCUUUGUUUGACGGUGAUAUUUUUGAGGAGAAUCCUGCUUCAAGCUGUAACCUGGUAGCUGUAAUAAACUGUGUACACAGCCUGCUGCAGCUAUAUGGGAAGAAGGUGGUUAAAGUGGAUGGACUAGAAACGGAGCACUUAAAAUCCUUCAGUGAGCAGGAUUGUUCAAAAAGCAGUCAGCUGAAACUGCAGGAACAGGUAGCAGCAUUGGAACUAGAAGUUGCUGCUUUACAAGCAAAGGAGCAGCAAGGACAGAAGAACAUCCAGAAUUUGAGUAAUCAGCUAAAGAAUCAUAAAGAGGAGGUGGCGAAAUUACAGAGUAUUGUUGCAAGUCGGGCAGCUCAAUAUCUCCAUGACCUGAAGAGGAAGGAGCAGGAACUGAGCAAACUGAAGGAGAAGAUGCAUCACCACCUGACAGACAAAAAAGACAAAAGAAUCACUAUAGAUAUCCUGAAUUACAUUGGACGAUCUGAUGGAAAACGCCCCUUGUGGAGAACGGGCAAGACUGAAUCGAGGAGGGAAGAGGAAAUGUACAAAGUGCUCACAACUAACUAUGAGGCUCAAAUCAAGGAGUUGGUGUUGGAAAAUGCAGAGCUAACGAGGGUUUUGAAUCGAAUGAAGAGUGAGAUAAAUGGGUUUCUCAGUCCACACAAGAAACUCUGCAGAUCCAAUUCUCUUCAGUCACUUUCUGAGGAAGAAAUCAGCAUUAAUGAGUCCCAGAAUACAGCCAGAGGGCAUCUUACCGACAUUGUUCAAAAGCAGUGGAACUCCUUAAAGGAUCACAUGGCAAAACUAGCAGUCAUAGCUGUGAGGAAGUCUCCAAUUGUUGGGAAGGACGAGCAAGUUGUCAGUAUAACUGACCAUGAUAAGGAAAUAGCCAAGCUGAAGCUGGAACUUGAACAGAGUAAGGAAAUCAUGAGUGCACAGCAGCAGCUUCUUGAGGACUAUUUGGCCACUCAGAAAGAUGAUUUUGCCUGUGGUUCUGAUUUGCUGGAGGAGGAAGAAUGGUUUUAUAAAGAGCGACAGCUGUUUGAGGAGCAGAAAAAGAACUUUGAGACAGAGAGGCAGAAGUUCACGGAGGCAGCAAUUCGACUGGGUCAGGAGCGGAGAUUGUUUGAGGAGGAACGUGCGCGACAUCUGAAGGAGCAGUUCUUGAACCUGACACCGUUUCGGGGUCAGAGGAGAAAACCCAAGUGGAAAGUGAGGACUCCCUUUGCUCCUAGCCAAGACCAGGAAAGCAUGUCUCCAUGCCUAACCAAUCGAAAAACGGGCCUGUUGUUCGUGCGUUCUCGCCAUGCUCUGAUGCACACUCCAAGCCCACCAUCCAAAUGCACAAACCUCCGAAGACACUCUUUGCCUGCAGCCCAUGAAUCGUAUGAGGUACUGGGGAUGAUUCCAGAAGAGAGUUUCAGGCCUGCCACUAAUGUGCGACUCAAAAGAUCUUGCAGCACAAGAGGGAGCCCAUCCAACCAGCGAGAAUCAGCAACCCAAACCAGGAAUGGCCUCGGAUGGAUCCACACGUCUCUGUUUGUGAAUGACCCCGAUGACUCUCUGUGCAGUGGACACUUAUGUACUCCAAUCUAAUGGCCGUGUUACUUCCACAGCAUUCUGUGGAAUGACCAGGCCUUUUUAUAAAGUGAGUUGUUUGUUCUGCAUUGACUCAGGAAAUCAUGUGUUUCUUACAGCUGUAGUUUAAGUUCAAGGAAAAUUUAAAACUGGUUUGUUUCGUUUCCUAAUCACUGUUCUUGCCUCAGUGCUGAAAGUGGGUGAGAUUUCUAUUUCAGUUAUUGUAGCCAAGUGCAUAUAAUUUUCUUCAAAUUUUAUUACUUUGCCACGAAUUACAUAUUGCUGCUACAUUUUAGAGGAGAAAAAGCUUCAGGGACUUGAAUGUUGCCUACUUUGGUCCCAGAGGAGAGAAGGUGAAAGGCUGGGGGGAGGUUGGUGGUACUUUGUUCCAGUCCUUUUGACGAAUCGCUCCGUGUAAUGCCACAAAUGGACUUUUUAAGUUCAUUUCUGGGUGUAUGUAAUUUUAAUAGAUAUUCUGGAAUGUGUAUUGAUGGGGAUUUGCAAACAGUUGUAAGU